AUGUCGUUCCAAAAUUCUGACUCCGAGGAAGGAAAGAGUGCUAAGAUGAAAGCAAGUGACGACUCUCAGCAGCCAUUUGAGCAGCCUAUAACCGACAGCGGUCAAGACAAGCUAGCCCCUGAACCUGCCCUUGUGAACAGCGAUGCCGAUAAGCCCGAGUACGCAACAGGCAUACGCCUGUUUCUUAUCAUUUUCACAAUGAACGUGAGCGGUCUACUCACAGCUCUGGAGAUUGGUAUUAUCGCAACUGCCAUUCCUUCCAUCACCGACAAUUUCCAUGCCCUUAACGAUACAGGAUGGUAUGGAAGCGCAACUUUCCUCGUUACCGCUGCCACUUCAGGAGUAUGGGGCAAGGUGUACAAGUAUUUCCACGUCAAAAAUAUGUACCUUGCCGCUAUUUCAAUAUUUUUGAUCGGGAGCAUUGUAGUUGCAACUGCUCCGGAUAGUAUUGCUGUCAUUAUUGGCCGGGCUAUCCAAGGACUCGGUAUCACCGGUGCAAUGAACGGAUCUGUCAUUGUCAUUAACUACAUCUCCCACCCUUCGAAGCAACCUAUGUUGAUUGGGAUCUGGAUGGGCAUAUUUAUGGUAUCAACUGUUCUCGGGCCUAUAAUCGGUGGCGCGUUAACAAGUGGGGUCUCCUGGCGGUGGUGUUUCUAUAUUAAUCUACCACUUGGUGUCCCUGUCGUUGUGUUGUUACUGCUUUUUUUGCACAUACCAAAACAUAUCAGAGCUGAACCCACGACCUGGAAAGAGAUUAUCUUGCAAUUGGAUCUUCCGGGUUUCAGCAUCAUCCUUACUUCGCUUGUAUGCUACACAUUGGCCCUGCAGUGGGGUGGCCAGAAUAAAGCGUGGAAUAAUGGCUCUGUCAUUGCCACGCUCAUAAAACCACGUGUUGUGUGGGCCAAUGCCUUGUGGUCCUUUAUCACCACUGCCGCUUUCUAUCAGGUCAUGUUCUAUCUUCCAAUUUUCAUGCAAUCCAUCCACGGUCAGUCGGCCAUUCUAGGUGGCGUCAAUACCCUUCCGUUCUUGUUGUUUUUUGGCGUAGGAACCAUGGUCAGUGGUAAAGUCGUUGAGAAAACACGUUACCUGCAGCCUUUUCAGGUUCUCAGUGCGCUCUUGAUGACUGCUGGAAUGGCGCUGCUAUACACUCUGGACAUCGACUCAUCUAAAGCUCGGUACAUCGGUCCUCAGGUUCUCUUUGGGUUUGGUGUUGGCUUUGGUAACCAGAUCCCUAUGAUGGCAGUGCAAGGGUUAUCUAAGCAGGAGGACGUGCCGAGCAUCACUGGAAUCAUGUUUAUGGCCCUAUCAAGCAGUGCCGUCUAUUUCAUCGUAGCAGGGCAGUCUAUCUUUGACAACCGCCUGGUACAGACUCUUGCAACUAUUGCCCCUAAUGUCGACGCUGCCCAGGUUCUAAGCACAGGCGCAUCCGACAUCCACAAAGUGUACAGCGGUAAAGUUCUAGAGGAUGUGCUCAAGGCGUACAUGACCGGAAUCAAAGACGUUUUUGCCUGUGCUUUGGCUGUGUCACUAACUGGUGUCCCCUUGGCUAUGUUGAUCCCGUUCCUUAGACUGGGAGAACAUAAAGGCGAAGAUCAAACGCCAGAAGAAAAAGCGGCAGCAGUCUAA